AUGGCACGACCAACACGCAGAAGCAUACCACAAAUUAAUGCUCACACUGGGAUACUCCGAAUACAUAAUCCAAGCCGGCGACAUCGGCCACCUGAUAGCCCGAACCAUGGCCUCCAACUACAACCCGCACUGCAAAGCCCUACACACCAACUCCGCCCUCCCCGCCGAGCCAACUGCAGAAUCCCACCCCGAACUCCACGCCAAAAUCCAGAACACCCCCCUCACCGACUCCGAAAAAGAAUCCAUCAUCCGCACCGCCACCAUCUCCAAAGACGGAAUGACCUACUACCAGCAACUCUCCACCCGCCCACAGACCCUCGGGUACAGUCUGACAGACAGCCCCGUUGGUAUUCUAGCCUGGAUCCACGAGAAACUGCAUGACUGGACAGAUAACUAUCCCUGGACGGAUGACGAGAUUCUGACUUGUGUGACUAUCCACUAUUUCUCGACGGCGGGGGCGGCUGCCCCGGGUUCGGUCUACUAUGCUAUGGAGCAUAGCAGUCCUGGUGCGCUUGUGGAGGCGCAGAAGUAUGUGGAUGUUCCGUUGGGGAUUGCGCGGUUUGCGAAGGAUCUGGUUCUGUUGCCGAGGUUGUGGAAUCAGACGCUGGGGAGGGUUGUGUCUGAGAGUGAGUAUGCGAGAGGUGGGCAUUUCGCCGCGUGGGAAUGUCCGACGGAGAUUGUGGGGGAUGUGAGGGCUAUGUUUGGGAGGGGUGGGACUGUGUCCGGUUGUGUGGAUGGGAGGGAUGGGGUUUGA